UGCACAGCGUACGUGUUUGGGUUCAAUUCAGAUCAACACAGUACACCCCCACAACGUCAUUAACUGUAAGCAAUAACUGUAUACGUAAUGUACAAUGUGACACAGCAAAGCAGGUCGAGUCGGUCAGUUCACCUAUCACUGUAUGUUAUGUACAACGUUACAGCUGUACGAAGCAGAGAGCUAGCCGACCGGAAGACCAUUAACUACUGGAGCCAGCCACACGGCGCACAGCACCGACUAGCACUGCACUGUGUAAACUACACACAUAACACUGGUCGUGCUUUAUAUACAGUACACUGAACGUACUUACUUCAGGUCACUCAGUGAACUCCACAAAUCAACCUUCUCUGUAAUAAUUAACCCCCUAUUUCGGGGGGUAAUUAAAAGUAUCAUAAACCGCCACCAUUGUGGUUGUAGUAGACACUAUGGGGGAUUCUCGAUCCCCCAGCAAGAAGCAAGUUAUGGACCGACUUCGCGAGCGAUUGGAACGGUGUCGGAAACACCAAGAGCUGUCUCUUUACCGUUAUGAUUCUACCAGGGACGAACGAUGGUCGCAUGAACGACAGGGUACGGACGCCCUGUUCCAACGCUACCAGGACAACAGAAGCAAACGACAACCUAAAGGUCCUAAACAGGAUAGUGGACAGAAUAAGACGAAGAAUGAAGCAAAUGUCACUGGGUCAGGAGGUGGAGAUGGCAUAGGAGUGGGGAGGCAACAAUCUAUGCACAAGCAUACCGAACGUAAACGACCUCACUCAGAAUCCACAAAUGGUCCAGACCCUCCUAACAUCACAGAAGCCCAAGCCAAUGGAUAUGACAAUACAGCAAACAAACGUCCUUGUACUGAGAUCUCAGUCCAAGUUGUACAGAAGUCUGGUGAGCAUACUGACCUGACAGUCACUACAACAAUCCAGCAAUCAGUAGAUGGAACAUCUGACGCUAGUAAUAACUUAAGGUCUCAGAAUGGUUGUAAGACAGAGUCAGUCAGUCAGUGUAAUGGUCAGCAGCACCAGGAAUGGACCGAGGAGAGACGUAAAACUCUGGAAAAUCUCCUGGAUGAUCCGGAAGGACUGGAAGAGUUUAUGAAGCAGUUAGAGAAUGACCCAGAACAGAUGAAGGGAUUUGAAGCUGAACUGGAGAAGAUUUGUAAUAAAAUCCAGCAGGAUUUAGGAGAUGGUACAUUCACUGAAGGGGCUAACAUAGAAAACCAGCCUAACCAGGAGAUGAAUCCAGGUAGUGAAGCUGUUGGACCUGUUAAUGGUGCCCCAGCUGUAGCAGGUUCACCCGCUUUACCUGCAGCUCCUACCCACUCCGAAGCAUCAAAGCUGCCUAAUACCAAACCAAAUGCUCCAACAAUGCCAGUUGCUCCUAUGGUACGUGGACAGACAUGUUUUCCAAAUAUUCCAAGCCCUUCGGACAACAAUCUGAAGCAACGCAUAAAGACUGAACUGGUGCCCACUACCAAAGAGUCUGAGGUUUAUGACCCCAUGAUGAAGGGACCACCAAAUACUGUUGCCACAGAUGCACGCUCUGGUAAGGAAGGACCAUUGCCAGCCAUUGCAGAAUUUAAGAAUCCAGCUAUUUUUGAUGGAGCCAAUAUCAAAAUUGAGCCCCAGGCUGCAGGCAAGGCUGAGGUGCAACAUGCAGGUAAUCAGUUGCAGGCAAAGUUUCAACAAAAACAAGGGCAGCCAAAUGUUAACCUUAGGCAAAUGACACCUGCAGUUAAUCAGAAAACUAUGGCUCAGUUGCAGUCAAUAUAUCGUAAUGCUCAACAACAGCAACAACAACAGCAGCAGCAGCAGCAGCAGCAGCAACAACAGCAGCCACAGCAACAUGUAGGACCAACUGCAGGUGCUCAGCUGAGUCAUUAUAGUAACCCACAGCAGCAGGCUGUACAUCAGCAGCAACAGCAGCAGCAAGGUAGUAUAGCUACAACAGGUCCACAGUUUGGAAUGCAGAUGUCAAGGUCUCUGCAGUCUCUACAGGAGCAGUUGAAACAGCGACCUCAUGCCUUAACUGGAGCCGUUGGUGGUACAACCAAUCCAGCGAUUCCUAAUACACAGUUUACAAACAGGCCGGGUCUAACAACUGGAAGGUUGCCAAGUAUGGCUCAGAUUGUUGCUCAAAACAGGCAACAGGUACAGCAGCAACAGCAACAACCACAACCUCAACCACAACCUAGUGGAUUCCCAAUCGAUGCUGGAAUCCUACAAGCACGUCAGAACAUGCCAGGAACGCCGCAGCAACCACAACUAACCCAGCAGCAGCAGCAGCAACAACAAGGACAGUUUGUUCAGCAGAACCAACAACUUUCUCUUGCGAGCCAGCAGUUGUUGAGACAACAGAUGAUACAGCGACAACUCCUCAAACAGCAACAACAGCGUCAGUUGCUGCAGCUCACUCCAGAGCAGAGAAAAUUGCUCCUCGCUAAACAACGCCAACUAAUAGCGCAGCAAAAUCGAAAGGAUAUGCAGCUUUACCAGCGAGGACCACCACCAAGGUAUGAUGAAGCUCAACAUCGAAACUCUACAUUCACUAACUCACCGACUGGCUUAAUUCAACAGCCAGCAAAUGUCACUUCAAAUCAAAUGACAGGAGCCAUUGGGAACAUGGCAGGUAAUAUUAGACAAGGAACACCAUUGCAGCAAACACUGCAACAAAGUACCAUGCAUCACCAGGGUAUGCGAACCAACCAAAGUAUGCUUCAAGCUGGACAGUUAGGUUCUACUGGUACUGGUGGUACGCAGCAUGCCCAGAGCAUGUAUCCAAACCAGGCUCAAUCACAGUUUAUCCAACAACAAAGGAGACAACAAAUUCUUCAGAGUAUGGCAGGAAACAAUAUGCAACUUUCUAACCAGUCUAGUCAGCAGGUGCUAAACCAGCUGGGUGGGAAUAGGUUACAAGGACCAAAUACAUUGAGUGGUUUAGGAGCAGCUGGGGUUUACAUGAAACAACAGAAUAGGGGCCAAACCUCAAGUCAGAUUCCUGCUGCUCAUGGUACCCAAGCUACAAAUGUCAUGACUGGAGGCAAACCAAUGGCUCAGACACACCAAGUGUCUACAGUGUCCAGAUUCCCAGCCAACUUUGUUAACACAACCACAAAUGUUAGAACUUUCAUGCAAAAUAUGCCUACUCCAGCAAUGAACAUUCACACAAGCACAACAACACAUCUUCAGCAGCAGCAACAGCAGCAAUCAGGUUAUGUAAACCAACCCAGCAUUAUCACUUCAGUCAUGAACCCCACCAAUCACAAUGAGCCUUCCAUAGUAACAGCAAUGCCUUCUGUUGCAACAUCCACUGCAAACCAAGGUACCUUUGGAGCAGCGUCAGGCCAGUUACCCUUAGACCUCUUGGAUAAUAAUGUUAACUUGGGGAAUAGUAACAUGAGUAAUGUUGAUUUUGACUUAGAACUACUUGAAAACAUUCUGAAAACAAAAGAGUAAAAUAAUCCACUCCUAAAGAUUCGUCCUUAAACUGAAGAAACUUAAUGAAAAGAGAUGCCUUUUUCAUCAUCUACCUCAAAACAUUUUGUAGAGCGGCCAAGUACAGUUUUGAAAUUCUACCUUUCAAAGAAAGCAUGCAGUUAUUUGUAAACAGUUUAGAUUUGGACCAAGAAACACACAUGGUGUGUAACAAGCAAACUCUAUCUUUUCGCCUGAAAUCGGUUAAUGCAGAAAGACUACCUGAAAGGCAAACAUGAGUGAUUUAUUAACAAACACUAUUAUGUUGGAAUUCAAUCUGUCAAAAAGAAGAUUGUUUUUAUUAGUUCAAGAUUAAAACAAUGUUUCAGAGACUUGGUAGUUUUACUCACAUACAGAUUUCAUUUAUCUUUGGAUGAGAAGUUCUAAAUCCAAGACAAAAUGUUACUCAGAAACAAAAGUCAUGAAAGCUUCACAUAGAAAGUUGUGAAAAUAUUCCAAAUGGAAAAACUUGUAUUCUGUGCACGCCAUGCAUGUGUGUCAAGAAUUAAGAAUUCACAAAUUGGUGAAACUUUCAACUAAAAAUAAAUGCAUUUACCCCCCCCCUCCCUUUUAAGACUUAAAGUUGAUUGCCAAGUUCAGAUGCAUUUUGUUUACAGACUGUUUUCAAGAUACUUUCCUUGUCAUAUUCAGUUUCAAAGUAAAUAGUGUUAUGAAUUCUUAAUAGCUACUGAGAAUACAUAUUUAGGAGUCUUGAGUUAAGUUUCAAAUGUUUAAAAGGAAAAACCAAAAGUAAAUGUUUUCAAUUGGGUAGAAGUAAUUGGCUGAAGUAAAAGGGCGUUCUUUUCUAAUCUCAAAGUAUUCAAGGCAAUAAGUCAUAAAAUGGUGGUUGGAACAGAAUACACUAAGCAUGGUUGUACUUAUUACGGUAUGUGAUGUAUUUUUUAACUAGAGAACCACAGGUUAAAACUUUGCACAUUUCAAAGUCACACUUUUUCACAUUUUAAAAAACCAUUUUUCAUGGUAGUUUUUUCAACUUUUGUUUUUACUUAACCUGCCCGCUCUUAACUUGGGUAAAAACAGUUUUGUAAUGUUUUUGUGAAAGACAAGCAACAAAUAAGAUGUUUCAACAUUUUUCAAAUCGUUUUGUAAAAAAACAAAAAUUACAUUAGAAUGACUACGGAGGUUUGGUUAAUGGUAUACAUUUCUUAAGAUCUUUAUUUGUACAGUCUUAAAUAGUUAAUUUCUCAGAUUUAUAUGGAGUCUUUAAUGGUCAUAUAAAGUCACAUUCAAAGUGCUCUGUUUUAGUGUAGUAAUUAAGUCAGAUUUGUUAAUAUGUUAUGUACAUUUUUUUAAAUAAGCAAAUCUCACGUUUUUGGAAGAUGGUUUAAACUUGAUAAAUAGUAUUUACCUGUAGCUUUUAUGAUUAUAAUUGAGGAUAAUUUUAUUUUUUAAGUAUUAGAUGUUUACUGCUGACAUAUUUUAAGGGAAAAACAGAUAAAAAAAAUAAAAAAAUCAAGUAAUAAACCACAAAGGCAACUGACUGGGUAAACUCUAUUAAGGUAAGAUUUGGUUGAACAAAGAUAAACUGAGCAGACAGGAUUUGAGCCUGCGACCCUUGGAUUAAGGUGCCAGCGCUCUACUAACUGAGGUUUAUAGCCCUUAUAUUGGUAGUCUCCCCAAAUGUCUUUGGUCAAUAUCUUUGAAUGGGGAAACCGUCAGCAUCAGGGCUUGAGAUAGCUCAGUUGAUGGAGCAUUUGCACGUCACUCCAGAGGUCGCAGGUUCAUGUCCCGCUUUAGUAAAUCUUUUUUCUGUUCAACCCCAAAUUAUUUAAAAAUCUGUGAAGUAAAGUCUGGGAACAUGAUACUGGAAUCUAUCUGAAAUUGAACACGUUUACAAGUAAAUGUAAUUGUUUUUAAUCUUCACAGAGUUGCGGCAGUAUUUAGCAUCUUGUGUUGUUGCCGUUGUGAAUGGCACUGACACUCUUUCAACUUUCUGUAGUUCAGCUGAGUCUCUGCUUGUUUUUAUAGUUCCACACAAUGCCAGGUUCGGAUCAUAUAAUACAAAUAUGAAUGCAAAGGUGUGAACAUUUUCAAGAAAUUAAAAUAUUUGCACCAUUCCACGAAUGAAAAACAUUCAUUAUUUGUUUUAUAUAACGUCCAAGCAGAUCUUUGUCACAUGGACUGGAGGAUACAACUUACAAAACAAAGCGUAAAUUAUUUAAUUGUGACAUUACACCCAAAGUUUCCUUUUUGGCUUGGGCUUGUUUGGAGUGCGCUCUGUACUGCUGCGUAUUUUGAGAUACACAGUAUUUAGAGAAAUGUGUACUUCUGCAGUAUCAAAGCCACAUGCACACAGGGAUGUGGUACACACCGUGCAAUAGAACAAAUUGUAUGGAAUGAAAAUUCACAGUAAAUGGAGCAAAAAAUGCACGGCUAAUGACAUAGCAAGCAAUGGUACGUUUAUUUGCUAUCAUGUGACGGACCAUCCUCCAAUGAAAUGGCAAGGAUCUGCUCGGGUGUUAUAUAAUACAAACUAGUGACGGUACUGUGAUUGGAAAUUAUCACACAAUAUAAAUUUCAUCAAUCUUAUUUGUAUCUGGCUGAUGCGCUUCCUUUUUGAGAGAAAAAACAAGUAAAGUUGUUUUUAAGAACACUUUUUUUAACACAUAAAAUUUGAAAUAUUUAUCAAAAUUAAUUUAUAACUUGACCAGGUGGGCAGAUCUGUGAUGACACAAUUUCUGAAUUGGUUACUGUGGUUUAUUCUAAUGCAGAUUGGGUGACAUUUCACAACCAUGUAUACAAUCAUUGAUGCAUUAUUCAGUUAUAAUCAAGAUGCGUAACAAAGUUUCAUUAUCCAAUGUAGAUAAGGCAUGCUCAUGUCGCCAUGGUAGCAACAUUAUACUUUGUGUUACAGUAUUGAAUGUGUUCAGUUAUUUUUAAGAUGGUAAUCUUGCUAUGGUUUUACUGUUCUCAAUGUUUCCCCCAAAACCUACAUACAUGCUUCUCGGGGGGGAUUCGAACCCUAGACUCCUGCAUACUACAGCAGGGACCAAUUUCAUGGAUCUGCUUAGCAUUUGUAAGCAAAGAUUUGGCGCUUGCAGAAGCAGGGAUUUCCGCGCUUACAUCCAGCGUAUUUCACAGGUUAGCAGAGAAUUGGGGCGUGUGCGCGUGUGUACUCCAAGUUACUAGGCAUUCUGUGCUUACACAGCUAGCGCUGAAAUUCAGCGCUGGCACAGUAAGCAGAGAAUUCAGUGGUUUCCAAGCAGAGACAUGAAAUUGGGCCCAGAUGUCAUAACUACUAGACCAAUUGAAAUCUUGUAUUUGGUGUGUUUCGAUUAGCUUCCCUGGGAAGACCCAGGCCACAAAAACGUGGUUUGAACAGAUAAGUAUUGCUUAACAAAAAUGGGUUACCAGCCAAGAUUUCAUGAAGUUUACAUUGUUGUGACUGGUGCCCCAC